AUGAACCUUGACCGUCCCGUUCGACCUCCGGCGGAAUCGAAGGGCCAGCCAAGUUUGAACUUAGAUCGUCCAACUAGGCCUCCAUUUAUCGACUUUCGUCAUCCCCCCUCUCGUACGCAUGAUCUGGCGGAGGGCACCCCGACGGCGCCUGACUCUCUAGCAAACGACUCGCCGGCGGAACAUCAAAUCAUCCACUCCGACGCGGCCACAUUGACUUUGGAUCGACCACGAAAGGUCAAAGUUGAACCUGCAAGUCCACCACUCUCACAUUCCCUCCCUCCUCCCUACUUGGAUCUCAACCUGGAUCGUCCCAGUGUCCGUCAGCCAACGUCAAAGACAAACCCUGCUGGGGUUAUUGACCUCACUCGUUCCCCACCAGCCAAGGCAGGUUCUGGACCUUCCCUCACAACUCUACCCACCUCCAUUAAUUUGGACCGUCCCCUCCGCAAGGCAAAAUCGGCUCAAAGCUAUGCAGGCCUGCCCCCUUGCGAGCCAUUGUUGACUGCUGAGAGGGUUACACAUUCCAGUGUGGAGCAGGAGAUGACCCAACAUGAGUGGGCAGAUGACAGGUUAUCCUUCCCCAGGACCAAGGUUGGCGAUCCACUACAUCAUACCUUCGGUAACUAA